ACCAUCAAGUGGAUCUUCAAAAGCAGUAUGUAAACAAAAGUGUUGACUCGGUUGUUUACAUUGUACUGUAUGAUCUCUUUAAUCUGGUCAGAGUUGACCACGAAGAAGCCUGGAACAAUAGGCCCACAUGCAAUUUUACAGCACGUGAACAGGUCAUCGUUGUCACUGGAGCAGCUUUUCAAGACUGAGAAUCUGGCUGAGGCCAACGCAUCAGAGGAGGACAAAAUCAAAGCUGUCAUGUUCCAGUCCAGCCGCUGUUACUAUUCUACGAAUGAAGCGCUCAAGCUGGUUGGAGGCCUUCCACCAAACUAUGUGUGCCGUAUCUGUGGCAUCCCUGGGCAUCACAUCAGAAACUGCCCAAAGUCACGGGAUUCAACUUUUGUUGGGGGUAAGCGCAUUCGGAGAAGCGCAGGAAUUCCUGUCAGCUUCCUAAUGGAGGUGGAUGACCCCAACAUGAAGGGAGUGAUGCUGAGCAGCAGCGGAAAGCAUGUCAUUCCCAUUAUUAAUGCUGAGGUUUACGCAUCUCAGAAGAAAGACCGUCCACCUUUCAUACCCCAGAACGAGUCCUCGUCAUUGACCUCUUCUGAACCUCGGAGCUCUCGCACCAAUUUACCAUCUGAUGCUGUCAUCAACACUCACAACACAACCCAAUCAAAUAUUCAAGGAGUUAUAUCCAGAUAUUUGAAAUAUGCACCAGAAAGGAUGGGUGGUGGUGGCCGUAAGAAAGCAAUAAAAAAUGUUUAA